AUGGCACCUCCAGCAGAGACCCGUGAGCUUAUUGAUAUCAAGCCGCUGCUCGCCCGUUUAUGGCCAUUGGGGCACCCAAACCCAGUUACGCCAAAGCAGAUCGCCGAAGCGAUCUCCUACUUCUUCACGAACCAAGUCUCUGAUGUCCAGGCCGGCUCCUUACUCAUGUGCCUGCACUUCACUGGCCUCGACCGGCAAGCAGAAGUGCUCGCCAACACAGCCCAGUGUAUGCUAAAGGCGGCAGCCAAGAUUGACCAGCCAGCUCUUCGCUCGACCAUCGAUGCGAAGCGCAGAAAGGAGGGGCAGUAUGAAGGUGGUUUGGUCGACAUCGUCGGCACCGGCGGUGACUCCCACAACACCUUCAACAUCAGUACGACCGCCUCCAUACUCGCCUCUAGCCUGCUCCUCAUCGCCAAGCACGGCAACCGGGCCUCGACCUCCAAGUCCGGCUCCGCCGACCUCCUCAACAACAUGCUACCCCAAGCACCCCAAAUAGACCGCGUCCGCCCAGACACCAUCGCCGACCUCUACCGCAACACCAACUACGGCUUCCUCUUCGCCCCCGUCUUCCACCCGGGCAUGCGCCACGUCGCGCCCAUCCGCAAACAACUCCCCUGGCGAACCAUCUUCAACCUCGUCGGCCCGCUCGCCAACCCCACCGACCUCCACGCCUCCGCCACCUCCACCACCUCCGCCGACUCCCUCCUCGAAGCGCGCAUGAUCGGCGUCGCACGCAAGGACAUCGGCCCCGUGUUCGCCCGCGCUCUCGAGCUCGCCGGCGCCCGCAAAGCCAUGAUCGUCUGCGGCGACGAGGAGCUCGACGAGAUCAGCUGUGCCGGCGAUACCCUCUGCUGGCGUAUCCGGCCGUCCACCGACGACGCAUCAUCUUAUUCCGCCGCGGGAACCGUCACAGAGCACUUCCGCCUUCACCCGCGCGACUUUGGGCUGCCCGCGCACCCUCUGUCGUCCGUUUCUCCGGGCAAAGAACCCCACGAGAACGCGGCCAUCCUCCGACGUAUUCUUGACGGGCAGGUUCCCGAUGACGAUCCGAUCCUGCACUUUGUGCUGAUCAACGCGGCCGCGCUGUUUGUGGUGGCCGGGGUCUGCGAGGCCGACACGAGCGAUCUCGGGUUUGGCGAUGAUGGGGCGGUGAUUACGGAGCGCGGGCCUGGUGGGGGUCGGUGGAAGGAAGGUGUGCGCAGGGCGCGGUGGGCGAUUAAGAGUGGUGAGGCGGCGAGGCAGUGGGGGGAGUUUGUGAAGGUGACGAAUGGAUUCGAGGAGAACUGA